AUGGCGCAAUUAUUGGGCCGGACGCUCGUCGUGCCCGACGCGCUCGCGCCCCACGACGCCGAGGACGGCGCGCCGACCUACACGUGCCACGUCUUCGACUGCGACCACCUCGGCGUGCCCUGGGUCGGCCGCGCGCAGUUCGCCGUCGAGAUGGCCGGCGCGGAGAGUGUCGGCUGCGGCACCGUCGAGGCCUGCGAGGACUUGUUGCUCAAGCCGCCGACGGCCAAGGUGUUGGAGGUCACGGGCGACAAGGUCGCGUCGUCGCCGAAGCGGUGGACGCUCGGCCGGCUCCAGGGCGACCGCGGCGUGCCGACGCACGCGCUCCGGGCCCACGGCCACCUCGUCAACGUCGCCCGGGCCAUGGUCAAGGCGCUCAAGGGCGACUACGACGCCGCGCACCUCCGCACGGGCGACACCUUCGAGGCGCUCUACCCGGAGGAGGCGCGGACGUCGCGCGACCGCAUCGAGGAGGUCGUCGCGUCCGCGCGGCGCGCGCGGCGGCCCCUCUUCCUCAUGGCGCGCGAGGCGCCGCCGGGCUGGCGCGUCGCGACGGGCGCCUCCCUCGGCGUCGGCGACUACCGGUGGCUCUCGCUCGCGGAGAAGGGCGUCGUCGAGCAGCUCGUCGCCGCGAACGCGCGCCACUUCUACGGCACGGGCAAGUCGUCGAUGACGGAGCACGUGCUCCGGCUCCGCGCGACGCGGCCGCCCUGGUCCGUCCUGGCCAAGGCCGCGCGCGCGCCGGACCCCGCGGCGGCGUGCGACACGUCGUGGUGCGUCGAGGCGCGCGCGACGGGCGGCGACCGCUUCAAGGACGUGCCCUGCCGCGCGCACCGGCCGCCGCAGUGCAGCUUCUGGAGCGGCGUCAAGGUCGGCGGCGAGGACCUGGCCCAGGACCCGCCGCCGCGCGCGUGCAAGCUCGCGAUCGUCGCCGCGGGCGUCGCGCGCGCGGGCUCCGGCGAGCAGGUGCGCCUCAUCGAGGAGGCGUUGGCGCUGCUGGGCGUCGAGCCGAAGCGCUUCUACUGGAACUGGCACUGGCUCGCGUCCGACGGCGACCUCGACGCCGGCGGCGGCGGCGGCGGCGACGACGCGCGCGCGCGCGCGGCCGCGGCGUCGCGCGAGCGCCUCGCGUCCGCGACGGCCGGGGACGUGCUCCUCAUCAAGAGCCACGAGUUCGACCCGAACCUCGCGGGCCGCGCGUGCCGGCGGCGCCUCGUCUUCACGACGCACCGGCGGCCCACGGCGCUCGCGGCGUCGCUCCUCGGCGGCGGCGCGACGCUCGGCGACCUCGGCCUCGAGCUCCGCAGGGCCAUCAACCACCACACGUGCUGGCUGAGGCGCGCGCCCCACGUCGAGGACACGGCCUACGAGGAGCUCAAGGCCGACGCGUCCGGCGCGCUCCGCCGCUACGGCCGCACGCUCGCGGCGGCCCUCGGCGAGGAGCCCGAGGCCUUCGACGCCCUCGCGGACGCGGCGCGCGUGCCAAGCGAGGGCCCGCGCUCCGGCGGCGACGGGCCGCCGCGCGGGCGGAAGCGGCGCCGCGACGGCGACGGCCGCGUGCCCCUCCUCACGGUCCACUGCGCGACGGGGCCCUGGCGCAUCCGCUACAACGCCACCGUCGACGACGAGGGACCCGACGACGGCGCGUAAGCCGAGGUAGGUAUCUUC